AAUUGCUGUUAAAUACAACCUGUUGUGUUACGCCAUGAGGCGAUUUUCCCAGGUAUGCAAAACAAACAAACAAACCUAUGCUCAAGAUAGAAAACAUAGUUGUUGAAACAUAUGUCGACGUCGGUGUUGCAGUUUGCUAAAGCAUUCCAUUGAGCCUGAAGGUCUUCUGUAGGAAUGCCUAGACGUCCGGAGACGAACUAACAACGAUGUCAGGACAGAACGCAAAACCACUUAGGUUUUGGAACAACCUGUGCUACGGUUUGGCUGGUAUUCCAACAAGUCUGUCAGGCAACGCCAUCAACUUUUUCUUCUCUGUGUUUAUCCUUGAAGUAGCACAGAUCACUCCUGCCCACAACUCCAUACUGACGACCUCUGCCAUUGUACUGUCGUCUGCUGCAAACUUCUUUGUUGGGUUUCUGGUGAACACAACCGACACGAGAUGGGGCAAGCUGAAACCAUGGAUUCUCCUCAGUACGUUUCCAUCGGCGGCUUGUUACUUCUUCCUGUGGUUUUCCCCUGGAGUUGCCAACCCUACAGGAAAGCUGAUAUGGUAUCUCGUGUUCUACGUCGGAUUCAGGGUCGUGUCAACGGGAUACGGUGUCGCUAGGGACUCUCUCGUGAUGUUUGCAAGCCACGAACCGAGAGAAAGAGACACACUGAUCACCUAUUCAUCAGCGUUUCAGAUUGCUGGGAUAAUACUCUCUGCACUGAUCCAGCAAGGAACAUUUCUGUUACUCCAUGCCGACCUUGGGUACGACCCGUGUAGCAACGGGACUAACGUUAACGGUACCGAUUACGGCCCGUCCCGAGAUACUGAGAAAGAGGCGUACAUGGUAGCUGCUGCUGUUGGAACUGUCAUCUUUCUACUCUGUGGACUGGCAGCAGUGUUUGGUGUUCCAGAGAUAACAGAUAUGAGGAAAACCGAGCAGUCAUCCUGUUUCCCCGUUGGUGACAUCAAAGCCCUCGCCCGCCAUCGGCCUUUUCUCAUGCUGCUUGUGAUAAAGGCGUUCCUUGAGCUAGGUAUCAAUACCAAACAAAUCAACAGUGCCCUGAUGAUGCAAUAUACUUUCAACAUCGCAGACCAGGUCUUCUAUGUCAUUUUUCUAUACAUGGCUGCUGCAGUGGUAGCAAUAUUCUUUUGGAAUCUGAUCAUACGUCGGAUCGGGCGGAAAAAAGUCAUAUUCCUGGGAAUUCUGGUCUUCUUACUACCGCACAACGCCGCUCUCCUGAUAGCCACCGAGGAUCUGCUUGGGAACGGGCUGCUACCGUUCAUAUUCGUUGCGGCUGCCUGGGGUGGAAUAGGAGAGGGCUGUAUGUACAUAGUACAAAGCGUCAUGUGCACGGAUGUCAUCGACGAUUUUACACUCAAGACUGACAGGAAGAUGGCGUCUGUCUUCUACGCUGUCUGGGGUUUCGUCACUGGUAUCAUGGAUGCCAUCAGCGCUGCUGUCUCUAACUGGAUACUUCAGUCUGUGAACUACAACGCAGAUAACUGUGUCCAGUCGAACAGAGUGAAACAGGCUCUCCGGUACAUAACGGCGGGCACGCCUCCUGCAGUCUACGUCAUAGCCUUGCUGUUCGUCUGGCUGUACCCGAUCACCGAGGAGUCUCGCUUGAGAACCAAGAUGGCCCUGGACGCAAGGAGAACAGCAGGAGACAACGACGAGACGCAACUGUAUAACCCUGUAGAGGACAAUUCCCUUCAGGAAACUUUGGCGCCUGAGGCCUGAUAUCCUCAUCUAUCUAUUGUGAAGCCCACUUUAUACUCUGUGUUUAAAGCUUCUUCAGCAACCCCAUACGUUGUGUAAUGUCCGAACAGAAAUGAACAAUCAGAUGAUGAAUUAAUAUAUUAUCUGUAUAAAGCCGGUCUGGACACAGAGCAACAAUAUAAUGUAACCCAUUUUUAGAACAUACGGUAUUAUUGAGAAACUGUUGAGACACAGACUCAUGGACAAUACCAUUCUUUAUUACAGGCAUGUUACAGUAAUCUCAUGAUAAGUGUUGCUUUGUAUGCGUAUGUGCUU